CGCUGGCGUUACGUGAGUGGUUGGAGUCACGUUUGUUUUUGGUGGGGGGAGUGAAAAAAAAACGCGAAGAAAAUCAUUUGUUCGACCCAAGGAAAAAAAAAACCAGAGACGUGACGGAGGCGAUAGAGGGGCGAAUCGUGAUCGUCGUUGUCGAAGGUACAGAAAUGGAGGAAGAACUUCGAGAUAUGAAAGCACACAAAGCGUACAUCAGCAUGGUUGAUUUCGUUGCAGAAGCGCAACAGGGCAUUCCCAAACUGUGCCCCUGUGGCUCAAUCACGAAGGAAACCGUUGAUGAAGAGGACACUUACGACUACCUCCCUGGGAAAAGAUACUUCAUCUGCAAAGACUUCGAGAAUGACGGACUUCAUUUCAGGCAACCAUGGGUUACGGGUGUGACAGAAGAGGUUGAGAGGCUGAAACUACGGGUUCACGAGCAUGAGAAGCUUCUCAGAGAGUGUGAGGCACUUAAGGCACAGGUUGCAAUGCUGGUAAAGCGGGUGACAGAACUUGAGUUACUGCACUGAGGUUAGUCUAACUGAACUUUAUUAGUUACUAUAUAACUCGCUAGUUACUAGUUUUAGUUGUUUGAAUAGAAACGGAUAGGACAGGCACCUGUUUAGUUUGAAAUCUGUACACUUUGCGUUAAUGAACUUGUAGAGUGUGUAGUUAUAAAUGCUUAGCUUAACGACCAUUAAAUUUUCUAUAGCUGUUGUGAUAGGACAGUUUUCUACUUGUAUUGA